AUGGAAAUAGGGUUUAUUAGAAAAUGGUUCAAAUGGUCACAAGUAGUUUUGGCAAUGUUGAUGGUGCAAAUAGUCUACACAGGAAUGCAAUUGUUGUCUAGAAUCAUUCUUGUCAAGGGUACUUUUGUCUUUGCUCUCAUUACUUAUCGAAAUGUCGUCGCUGCUAUUAGUGUCGCUCCUCUUGCCUAUUACUUUGAAAUAAGAGGUCAUGUAAUGAAGUUUAGUUGGCAAGUUUGGUUUUGGCUCUUUGUCAAUGCCUUAAACGUGUUGGGAACCACAAGUUUGUUCUACUAUGGUUUAAAAGACACAACAGCUACAUAUGCAACCAACUUCCUCAACCUUAUUCCUAUAGUCACAUUUGUUGUUUCUGUCAUCAUAAGAAUGGAGAGACUUAGAUUGGGAAGCAAAGAAGGGAAAGUAAAGACAAUUGGGGCUUUAUUGUGUGUGGGUGGAGCUCUACUCACUGCCCUUUACAAAGGAAAUGAAUUUUUUAUAUCUAAUCAUCAUUCAGAUCAUCAUAGUCCCAUCAUCAUCACACCUCAUCAUCAUUGGACACGUGGCACAAUCAUGUUGCUUGCCAGCACCCUUGCUUAUUCAUCAUGGUUCAUAGUCCAAGUAAAAUUACAAAAACAAUUACCAUUUGUAUACUUGUCAACUAUGUUGACAUGUAUUUUGUCUUCAUUUCAAUCAGUGAUCUUAGGCCUAUUGUUGAACACAGACUCAAUAGCUUGGAGUUUAGGCUGGAAUCUUCAAUUGGUUACUAUAAUCUACUCGGGAAUAUUAGCAACAGCAGUGAAUUUGUGCUUACUUUCAUGGGCCAUAUCAGUUCAAGGCCCAACAUAUCCACCAAUGUUCAAUCCUCUUGCUCUAAUUUUUGUGGCAUUUUUAGAAGCUCUCACACUUGGUGAACCCAUCACUGUUGGAACGUUAAUAGGUGUUGUACUUAUAAUUUUUGGAUUGUACUCUUUUCUGUGGGGAAAAAGAAAAGAGAUGCAAAGGGUGAAAGAAGAAGCAGCCAAUUCUAGUGCCAAUCAUGAGCUUAAUUAGUGAAAAAUUACACAUAAAUACCAUUGAUGAUUCAAUAUCAUUGAUGCAUUUCUCAGUUUGAAACCUGAACUUUACCAUCAAUUAAUAACUACUUUUAUUUUUGAGUAUAAUAGAUAAGAGUAAUUUGCGGCAUAAAUACCUAAGUUUAACUUUCAGUUUCAAAUAAAUACCUAAGUUAUAUUUUUGGAACUUCAUAGGUACUUAAUCUUAAUUGUUAAAUAAUUAUCCACGUGUCAUUUUCUUAUUGGUAUAUUUAAUUUCAAGAAAAAAAUAAUAAUGUGGACCAAUCAGAGAUUGCCACAUGGCAAUUUACUUAAUAAUUAAUAGCCAG